AUGGGAAAGUCUAUGAACCAUCUAGUUAGAAGUUUCAAUAAUAAAACUGAUCACUACUUGCCCAUUCAUAUAGAGGUACCAACUGUUGUCGAUCGAGCUACUGAACAAAAGAUCUUUGUCACCGGACAUUUUGGUGGUGCUAGUGUAGGGAACACUCUGCUUAUUAUGAAACUUAUCAACAAUGUUACUAAAGAUCAUGGUCACUUCUUAGUGUUUGCUAGUGUUGAAGAAUGCACAAGAGAGGGCAGUGACUUGUAUAAAGAAAAGAUUGAGAGUAGUGUCAUCAAGCUACGUGACAAGCAGGUUAAGAGCAAAUGUUCUCUUGUCUAUGGUCAAAUGAAUGAGCUACCUGGUGCUCGUGGUUGUGUUGGAUUUACUGAUUUGACUAUGGCUGAACGCUUUCUUGACGUUGAAGAUCAGGAUUUGCUUGAUGGAAUUCCAUCUGUUGUCGGUUACCAACCAAUUUUGACUACUAAUCUUGGAUGCAUUCAAGAGCGUAUUGCCACAACCAAGAAGCUGGUGGUGGUUGUUUCUUCACUGUCUGAGGUGAAUCUGUUUCCUCAGCUGCCUGAUUGA